AUGUUUUCUCCUACGGUGUAUGUAAAUUUACCCGCCUUUGAGGAUCUUCUUUGCGACAUUGACGUUUGGCGCAGUGAGCGCGUCUAUACUCUUGAAGGUUCCACCGCUGCUUCCCAAGCUACCGCAAACAAUGCACAAGCCACUACCGCUGUCAGCAAUUCUCAUCUUGGCUCACCACUGCAUCGUUCCUCUCGUGUUGAGUCACGUCAGCGAACUGCUGCAAUGGAGGAGGCAAUGCGGAGUCAAACGAAUCCCCACACUGACUUUGAGACUUGCACAUUUUCCUUCGCAGCAACAGACUUUGCUGCCAGCAGCGACAUUAGUCCUAGUCUGGCCGUAACAGAAGACUCUGUCGUUACUUCUGGACAAAAAGAGGUGGAGCUGGUGCUUGAUGAUUACUCUCUUGCUGCUGGACUAAUGUCCUAUCUGGCAGAUUGUCUGCACGUCGGACAAGUUCCUCGGUUUAUGUCCAUUCAACCCUAUCCAUCCUCAUCUGUGUCUCUGCAAUCAGCCGCACCCUCAGCCACUAACUGCCUUGGUAACAAUACAACUUUAUCAUCGUCUUCAACUGCUCCUGUUGCACAUGUAGAUCCUACCGGAUUGGGUCCUGGAACUACCUCUUCGAUUCGACCUUCAGUAACAACAGAAAAGUCAGGAGAUAUUGGCUUGCCUGCAACGGCCAAGGGUGCACAGCUUGCAAAGAGAUCUGUGACGCGAUCCCACUCCCUGCGCUCUGCGAGUAGUCUUGACUCUACUGGCAUUCUCUCUGCACUAGUCGAUUUGUUCAAGCCCCUCUCUGUGCUUUUCGAAAAGACUGUUAUUUUGCUGAUGGAUGCCACGACCAGCCUGUCUGACGCAGAAAUAAGCCUUCGUCGCAAGCUGCUAUGCCAACAGCGUUCCCAGGCUACAGCAUCCUCUCCCACAGACUCUACUAUCCUCUUGCUUCCUGCUUCACCUGAUAAAUCACGGCCAGCAGUCUCUCUGCCGCGUCGCAGCGUAAGUAUGCGUGAUUCUGCCUAUUGCUCGACUUUUUUUCCAACAUUUACGACCGGUGUCACGCCUUCUUCUGCGGCUCUGAUGACAAGUGCAGCCGCAGCAAACGGUUCCUUCGACUCCGCCUGCUCCGGCCUACCUUCACUCACACCAACAAGCGCCGCCGACCCAACCGACCGGCUAGCUCUCUAUAACAACGGCCUCAGGCUCAUCUAUGCCCUAUGUUCUGGCCAGCCUAAGUCAAAGUAUCUACUUCGGUGA